AUGAAGCAAGUGGGCAGUCACGGCAGUCAGUAUGGGCGAAGAGAGUCUGGCCCGAGUGUUUCUGAUCAGGACUGGGCCGAGCAGGAAGCAGGCCUGGACCCUUCCGGUCCUCCCGUCCUGCGAGCUUCCGUUGCAGGGGAUGCUGGGCGCGUCUGUGCACCGCAGCGGUUGCAAGCUUCGGCACGGGCCGUCCGCAACCUCUUCCUCUGCGUGUGCAGCAAGGACGAUGCUGCAGACGACGAACCCCUUCGUCCGAGCGUGGAACAGAGACGCUUUGAUGCCCUGAGCAGGCCCGAAGCCCGGCACUUAGCCGGUCGCACAGCCGCUCGCACUUUUGCGCAAUCACGUCGCCUCGUCGUUGCCGUUGCGGCGUUGCGGCCCGCAAGUCUUGCUUUUUUUCGUUUGUGGAGACGGUCACCUGAAGCGCUACCACUUUCAUACGCCCUUGGGCAGCAGGUUUGUCUGCCCCACCGUUGA